AUGGAGCUGCAAGAAGGCUUCGACAAAGGGCAGCUGGCUCAGCUUCCCGAGGUCACAGCCCUGCCUGGGGGGUGCUCUGCUGCCCCUUCCCGUGCUGGUGGUGCUAACCAGGGCUGGCUUCUCUCUGUCCUGCCAGAUGCUCAGGAUCCAGAGCGGUUGCUGCAGUGCCCUUACAACAAGCAGCAUCAGAUCAGAGCCUGUCGCUUCCCCUACCACCUGGUGAAGUGCAGGAAGAGCCACCCCGAGGUGGCCAAGCAGUUGGCCACCUGCCCCUUCAGCGCUCGCCACCUGGUGCCGCAGCCAGGCCUCGGAGACCACAUCCUGAGCUGCCCUGACAGAGGCCUUGUGGAGCAAGACAUAGUGCAUCAGCCCUGGGGCUCCCAGAGGAUGGCUGUCAGCACGUGGCAGGCACCACCGUGUGAGGAGGACUGGGAAGCAGAGCUGCAGGAGGAGCCAGAGUCUCUCUUUAUCUGGGGUGAGACCAAGGCUGGCAUCAGCAGGGCCACCUCUGCAGAGAAGAGCCAGCUGCCCAGCAGACUUCGUGCCCCCAGGAGCUCCCCAUUCCCCCAGGUGCCAUGGAAAAGCUGUAAGCAGCCUGGGAGUGGCCUUGGCACUGCCACUUCUGCACUGGUGACAGCUGCUGGCAGCUCUGGCUCCAGCAGCACUGGCUGCCCACCGCUGCCUGGGCAGGAGGGGGGUGGGGGUAGGGUGCAGCAGCAGCUGCUGAGGGAGGUUGCUGCUGAGGCCAUCCUCUGCCAGCUGGCACCUGGGGCCCUGGUGGUAUCCACCCACUUGACGGGGCCCAGGCGGUCGUCCCAGUCAGGGACCUCCUCUGGGGGCAGCUGGAAGCAGAUCCUGGACCCCUGA